AUCAUUCAUGAGAUAUAAAAAGAAAAAUCAAAUCAAACAUGUAUAACUCUUUACUCUUUCCCUUCUUUGCUUUCUCUUGUUGUCUUCUUUCUCCAAUAUUAUUUCUUACCUCUUCUUUAUAUGAAAAUUUGGCUUUUUUGAGUGUGAAAAUGGAUACCAAAUAUUACCUCAUUCCUUGUGAAAGGUAUGAUAUUGUCCAAGGAGCUCCACUUGCACCAAACCAAGAAUUACAUCGACAAAUUUAUUUAUUGGUAGGGGAAGAUUUGGCGGAGAUUGCAACAAGGUUUACAAUGAGAUAUGGUGAUGUCAUAGACAACCAGGAUCAUCGAUGACAUCGUACAAUCGAUCGAAGCUUUUCAAAUCAUAGAAAAACAAAAAGGGUCAGAAUCACACAUUG